AAACUUUGUGCCUCGGAAUCCCGCACUGGAUGAGCGUGGGGUGCAAAGCACAGGGGCAUAUUUUGAAUCUGCAGAGACCAGAGUCGCCGGGUGCAGUUCGCCUCGGCACGCGGCAAAGGGAAACACAGCUUUUCGCACCCCCACCAGCCCGGGGCAGGAGACCGGCGACCAAGGGCGUAGGGGCGGAGACGGAGGGCAGGGGACUGCAGAACCGUACCCGGAGCGGGACGCGAACCGGCAGACUUGGGAGAAGUUUAAUUUGUGCAGAACCUUCGCGCACGAGAGCCGAACAUGCUGCCCCCGCGUGCAGCGCCCGCGUGCACCCAAGCCGGAGAGGGGGCGACAGGGCGGAGACCGUGGCCCCCGGAAGGUGUCUGGGACCGGACCGGCUGCACGUGAGCCCAUCGCGGGGUCAUGUGCACCAGCUCAGCCCGGUUCGGCGCCCGGACGUGCUGCGUAUCAACAAAAUGAAACUCGGGGCGACAGAAAAGCAGAUAGCUGCUCCGAGUCCUCCGAACCCCUGUCCCCGGCCACGCUACCUGUCCGCACCGGUCUCGCCGCAGCCCCUCCGCUCGGCCGGAGCUCGCCGGGCAAGUUGCAGCCCCGGCGCGCCCCCGCCCGCCCGCGCCCCCAUCGCCGGCCCGGGGGCGCUUUGCCGCAGUCAUUAAUAAAGAAGGUCGCCAAGCUCA